AUGUCAUCGUUUGGAAAGCAUCGCCGUAAGACGCACACGUUGUGCCGCUGCUGGGGUUCGAAGGCCUACCACCUUCAGAGGUCCACCUGUGGCAAAGGUGGCUAUCCUGCCAACCGCAAGGGAAAGUGUAACUGGAAUGCCAAGGCUAAAAGAAGAAACACCACUGAGACUGGUCGAAUGAGGAGGCACCUAAAAAUUGUAGACCGCAGAUUCAGGCAUGGGUUCCAUGAAGGAACAACACCGAAGCCCAAGAGGGCUGCUGUUGCAGAGUCCAGUUCAUCUGAAGGAUUUCAACUACUAGUCACACAAUAAAUGUUCUGGUUUUAAAAAAAACAAAUAGCAUACCAAAUUUGUGAAAAUCUCCCAACACAGAUGCGAGCAACAGCCAAUGUCAGUGAGAGCUGAGCAUGUGAUAAUUGACUUUUUCUUGGUUCCAAUUUCUUGGAUCCUCUGACCCUCUCCAGGUCAGUCUCUGUUGUGGCUUCACAUCAUGACUU